UUCAAACGAAACGGUUGUUACUUGUUUAGUUGGGGGCAGAAAAAAAAACACACAAAAAAUAGGCAAAUCAAAGUGAAAACAUUAAAAAAAAGGAGAAAACUGAAUAAGUUGAAAUUUAAACCGAAAUAAAAACAAAACAAUUCUCCAACAACAGAAAACAUAAAUUUAAAAAAAAAAAAAAUUAAAUUUAAAUAAAAAAUAUUGAGGAAAAAAUCAAGUGGGUAAAAAUUAUGGAAAAACCAAUUCGUCCCCAGCGUAAUCGUCGUCAUAGUAGACGCGCUUGGCCCCCUGAGGAUGAUCUGCAUUAUCCACGUGCAGCCAAACGACUAUUUACACCCGAAAUCAAACGUAUGCUUAAGGAAUGGCUUGUUCGCAGACGUGAGAAUCCCUAUCCCAGUCGCGAAGAGAAAAAACGUUUGGCCAUAGACACUGGAUUGACGUACACACAAAUAUGCAAUUGGUUUGCCAACUGGAGACGCAAACUGAAAAAUGCCGAGAGAGAAAAAUCGAAAAAGUCCUGGGGACACCUGAUAAAAAACUACAAUACCAAUGCCAAAGGCAAUGUGGAACAAUUUAGUAUAUCCUCUGAGGAUAGCAUAUGGGAAGAGGAGGAACAAUUUAGACGUAAUCACAGUGAUGAAGAGGAGGAAAAUGACUCCAUGUGUGACAUAGAAGGUUCAAGUGGUUCCACAGAUAACGCGGAGCCACCCAAUGCUAGUAGUGGUAGCAGUAGUAGAGAACAAUAUCGUAACGCCUCGCUAAAAAGGGAUUAUAAGCCAAAUGUGUAUAUGGGAAACAUGACGUUGCAUAAGGAUCACAAUGAUUUGUUUAUAGGUCGAGAGGUUGAUGUUCUUACCACAAAUGCCACUUGUCAAAUUACCCAAAGUGCUGCCAAUAUUGGCACAAAGACCAAAUAUAAGCAAAAAAUGAUGGAGAAAUAUUUAAGGGACACCUAUGAUGGUAGUGAAGAAACUCCUGCUAUGGCAUCGGCUGCCACAUACAUACAGGCAUAUCAUGCAGAAACCCCGAAUUCAGAGCAUGCCACGGUAUUUUGUAAUGCCUCGAAUACAACUAUUAUCAAAUCGGGUGCCGAACUAUCCAAAUGGCUAGAAAGCGCUGCGAAAUUUACUCCAAAUAAGAAUAACUACUUUAUUGAAUGGAACAACAAGAGAAAUAAGUCUGACAAAAAGCCAUUCAUGGGAAAAUCAUUUCCCUCUCCCACGGGAAAUGAGCAACACUCAACCUCAUUGACGGUGGUGCCACUGUUGUAUUCAACUACCGCCACCACCACCAGACCAGUAGUACAAAUACAAAAUAGCCCAAAUAUUCCCCAGGCACAUCAUUAUCCAGAACCACCACAAAAACAACUACAGAACACUCAUUUGGGUUCCUUGGAAUCCGAUCACAUCUAUAAUACCAUACAUCAUAAAGAUGAACUAGAUGCAGCCGAAGCUUUGGCAAAUUUAGCCUUUAAUUGUCGCCAACGUAUGAUGGAUUCCAAUAUUAAUGCAAGAGUUAACUUUCAAAGACCCUUAAAUGCGAUAAGUUCCUAAUAAAAAGUUCCUAUGAAAAGUUUGGUAAUGUCUGCUAAAAUCAAGACCAAGACUAAGGCUUUGAAACAUAGCCUAUUAUCCCCUCUUAUUGUCGCCCCCUAUACUCAUUGAAAGCCAUAAAGCAUUUAGAUUUAAUGGAUUAGAGGCAAACGGAACUCGAACUAUACAACUAUUACUUCUAUUACUAAUACUACAACAAGACAAAAGCAUUCCAGCACUAUGGUUUAUUUUUGAAUAGAGUGCGGAAAGA